AUGGCGCCACCGGCAACGAUUCGGUGGUGCGCAGUAGCAUCAACUCUGAUUCUCUCUAUCCUCAUAAUCUCUCCAUCAGCAUCAGCUAUUUACUGUGAUGAAGAUGAUUGCUACGAUCUACUGGGCGUUACUCAAAAUGCUAAUGCUUCAGAGAUCAAAAAAGCUUACUAUAAACUUUCGUUGAAACAUCACCCGGAUAAAAACCCGGAUCCGGAAUCCAAAAAGCUGUUCGUGAAAAUUGCUAAUGCUUACGAGAUUUUAAAAGAUGAAGCUACAAGAGAGCAAUAUGAUUAUGCAAUUGCUCAUCCAGAAGAGGUGUUUUACAACACGGCUCGUUAUUAUCACGCAUAUUAUGGUCAUAAAACGGAUCCACGUUUUGUUCUGGUUGGUCUUCUUCUGAUUCUCUCAGGGUUUCAGUAUAUGAAUCAGGUGACAAGGUAUAACCAGGCUGUAGCAAUGGUGAAGAAAACUCCUGCUUACAAAAAUAGACUACGGGCAUUGGAACUUCAACGCAGUGGAGGAGUUACGAAUAAGAAGAAGAGUAACAAGCAGAUGGACAAGAAAGUGGAGGAAGAUCUCAGCAAAGAACUUGAACUGGACAUAAAGGGAACUCAGAAACCCUCCAUCUGGGAACUUCUUGGCAUCCGAUUUAUAGUUCUUCCUUACACUAUUGGCAAGCUAUUACUGUGGAAUGGUUGUUGGUUCUGGAGAUACAAGGUGAAACGAGCGCCAUAUUCUUGGGAAGAUGCCGUCUACCUAACACAAAGAUCCCUGAGAGUGCCUCUUGAUGCAUGGGAAAAUAUUGACGGAUCAAUGAAGGAAGAUCUUGUUCAGAGACGCUUAUGGGAGAAAUCCAACUUGGAGACCUACUUUGCAGAACUUCGUAAAGAAUCCAAGCGCAGAAGAUAG